UUCCGGGAUUUUCACUGGUCGCUCACUUUGCGAACCGAACCGCAGGGCCGACGAGCGGCAGUUCACACACAACAUUUGAAAAAGCGACCAACAGCACCAGCAGCAGCGGAAGAACUUCCUCCCAGCCCAACAAUGUCCGGAAUCAUGCGCGUACCAUCGAUUUUGGCCAGAAACGCAGUCGCCUCCAUGCAACGCGUCGCCGCGAUUGGAGCGCAACGCAGCUACCACAUCACAAAUGGCCGACAGCAGGCCUCGGCGGCCAAUCCGGACAAGAUUUCCAAGCAGUACCCAGUGGUUGAUCAUGCCUACGAUGCCAUUGUCGUCGGAGCGGGAGGAGCCGGCCUUCGGGCUGCCUUUGGCCUGGUGGCCGAGGGUUUCCGCACAGCAGUCAUCACCAAGUUGUUCCCCACCCGCUCGCAUACGAUCGCUGCUCAGGGCGGUAUCAAUGCAGCGCUGGGCAACAUGGAGGAGGAUGACUGGAAGUGGCACAUGUACGACACGGUCAAGGGCUCCGAUUGGUUGGGCGACCAGGACGCUAUUCAUUAUAUGACGCGCGAGGCGCCCAAGGCGGUCAUUGAGCUGGAGAACUACGGCAUGCCCUUCUCGCGCACCCAGGACGGCAAGAUUUACCAGCGAGCCUUCGGUGGCCAGAGCUUGAAGUUCGGCAAGGGCGGCCAGGCCCAUCGUUGCUGUGCGGUGGCCGAUCGUACUGGUCACUCCCUGCUGCACACGCUCUACGGCCAAUCCCUGAGCUACGACUGCAACUACUUUGUGGAGUACUUCGCCCUUGAUCUGAUCUUUGAGGAGGGUGAGUGCCGCGGUGUCCUGGCCCUUAAUCUGGAGGAUGGCACGCUGCAUCGUUUCCGUGCUAAGAACACAGUCAUUGCUACCGGUGGCUAUGGACGCGCCUUCUUCUCCUGCACCUCGGCGCACACGUGCACUGGCGACGGCACUGCCAUGGUUGCCCGCCAGGGUCUGCCCUCUCAGGAUCUGGAGUUCGUCCAGUUCCACCCGACUGGAAUCUACGGCGCCGGUUGCCUAAUCACCGAGGGCUGCCGCGGAGAAGGUGGCUACCUCAUCAACGGAAAUGGCGAGCGAUUCAUGGAACGAUAUGCUCCCGUGGCCAAGGAUCUGGCUUCCCGUGACGUGGUCUCGCGCUCCAUGACCAUUGAGAUCAUGGAGGGCCGCGGCGUUGGACCCGACAAGGAUCACGUGUACUUGCAGCUGCAUCAUUUGCCACCCAAGCAGCUGGCCGAGCGCCUCCCUGGCAUCUCUGAGACCGCUAUGAUCUUCGCUGGCGUGGAUGUGACGCGCGAACCCAUCCCAGUUCUGCCCACGGUGCACUACAAUAUGGGCGGUGUACCCACCAAUUAUCGUGGUCAGGUGAUUACCAUCGACAAGGACGGCAAGGAUGUUAUUGUGCCCGGAUUGUAUGCUGCCGGUGAGGCUGCUUCCAGCUCGGUUCACGGUGCUAACCGUCUGGGUGCCAACUCUUUACUGGAUCUGGUAGUGUUCGGACGUGCCUGUGCCAAGACUAUCGCUGAAUUGGAGAAGCCAGGAGCACCGGCGCCAACUCUCAAGGAUAACGCCGGCGAGGCCUCUGUGGCUAAUCUGGACAAGCUUCGUCAUGCCAACGGCUCGAUCACCACCGCCGAUCUCCGUCUGAAGAUGCAGAGGACCAUGCAGCACCAUGCUGCCGUGUUCCGUGAUGGACCCAUCCUCAAGGAGGGCGUGAGCAAGAUGCAGGAGAUCUACAAGCAAUUCAAGGACGUCAAGGUUGUCGAUAGGUCGCUCAUCUGGAACUCCGACCUGGUGGAGACUCUGGAGCUGCAGAAUCUGCUCGCUAAUGCCCAGAUGACCAUUGUGGGUGCCGAGGCACGUAAGGAGUCGCGUGGUGCCCAUGCCCGCGAGGACUUCAAGGCCCGCGAAGAUGAAUACGAUUUCAGCAAACCCCUUGAGGGCCAGCAGAAGAAACCCUUCGAUCAGCACUGGCGCAAGCAUACGCUUUCCUGGGUGUGCAACGACAACGGCGACAUCUCAUUGGACUACAGAAAUGUGAUCGACACAACGCUGGACAACGAGGUCAGCACGGUGCCGCCGGCGAUUCGCUCCUAUUAAGUCAAGACUUGGAAUUGCAAGACACCACCCGCAUACACAAUAUACCCACAAAAUCACACCUACUUAAUGAUGUCUACUUAAACGUCUUGGUGGGCGUCAGAAACAAAUUGUUGUCAAGUCGCCGUAACUGGGAACUCGCAGCGGUUCCCGAUGCCUUGCGAUGAAAUAUGUACUAUUCUUCAGAUCCUAUAUAUUUUCUUUAUAUAUCCUACCAA